GAUUAUACGCCAAAUAUAAUUUCUAGCGCGUAAACUUGAAAUUACUGCCUUAUCUUCGAGAGAAAAAAAGAGAAACAAUUUUGCCCCUUCCACCAGAAACCCCAUAGCCAUUUCCGGCCAGCCCGCCUCCAAAACUCUUCAUAUCAACUUUAACGGGUUGGUGGGAUAGCUUUCUGGAGCAUCAAUGGUACACAUAAGGGAUUUGAAGAGGAAGAAGCCGAAAAAAUACGUUAACCGUAAUGCCCCUACCAUUUGCCGACAGCCCAUGGCUUGCGACUCUGAUUGGUGGAUCUUAUCCGAGGGAGAGUCUAGGUUGAGUCUGAAUUGUGCUGAAACUAAAGAAGUUGUUGAUGCAUCUACUAUGGAGGCAUCCCAUACUACUUCAAUGAGGAUGAUAUUAGAAGUUUCUUUGGAGGGUGUGGCCCCGUUACUCAAAUUGAUUGUAUGAUAUUCCCCGACACUGGAAAGUUCAGAGGCAUUGCAGUAAUCAAUUUUAAGACAGAUGUGGCUGCGAAAAGAGCCUUGGGCCUUGACGGAUCGGAUAUGGGUGGGCUAUUCCUGAAAGUCCAAGCAUAUAACCCAUUUAGAUCAAAAAACAAAGUUUCUAACUUCUCUUCGACGGCUGUGGAUGGUUACUACAGGAUUUAUAUAGGAAAUUUGUCAUGGGAGAUAACCGAGGACGAUUUAAGGAACCUUUUUUCUGGUUGCCAAAUAGCAUCCAUCUGGUUCGCAGAAGAUAAGGAAACAGGGUUGUUGGAAGGCUAUGCCCAUGUUGAUUUUGCAGAUAAUUGUUCUUUAGAAAAAGCGUUAAAGCUAGAUCAGAAAAUUGUUUGUGGAAGACCUGUUAGGAUAAGUUAUACUGUCCCAAAGAAGGGACGGGCACUGACCAAAUCAAUAAAUACCCAUGCGAAUAAUACUCAAGUAGAGAGUUUUGACAAUUUAACAGUCGUCUCACCAGAUUAUACAGCAGGCCCACCACAAGCGAAUAAUAACAUCAAUAUCCUGACAAGCAAUCAGGCGGAGAAUGUUGAGACAGGGCCAAUCAGUGCAAAGAUUAGGAGGAGAACGUGUUAUCAAUGUGGGGAGCGUGGGCAUGUUUCGUCUUCUUGUCCCAAGAAACAGGCAACUGAAAAAGGAAAUCAAUUUGCAUUGACCAAAUCAAAAUGUACUGAAAUUAACACUCAAGCAAAGAGUGUCGACGACUCAAAUGCAACGUUAUCGCAUUAUUGUAAAGCAAGUCUACGAGUAGUGUAUAAUCAUGUUGUCUUCCCGCCAAACAAUGGGGUGAAAAAUGUUGAAAUGGGCCCAUACAGGGCAAAGAGAAGGAGUCGGAUAUGUUAUGUAUGCCGUGAGUGUGGGCACGAGUCUUCUUCUUGUCCCAUGAAACAAACCACUGAACAAGGAAAUAAAGUUGGAGCGACCAAAUCAAUAUUCAGUGAAAUUAACAGUCAACAUGCAGUGACCAAAUCAAGAUCUACUGAAAUGGGCACUCAAUCAAAGAGUUUUAACACUCAAGCAAAGAGUGCCAGGGUGAAGAGGAGGCGGAUAUGUUAUGUAUGUCAUGAGUGUGGGCACGAGUCUUCUUUUUGUCCCAUGAAACAAGCCGCCGAACAUGGAAAUCAAGUUGGAGUGACCAAAUCAAUAUUCAGUGAAAUUAUCAGUCAAGAUGCAGUGACCAAAUCGAGAUCUACUGAAAUGAGCACUCAAUCAAAGAGUUUUAACACUCAAGCAAAGAGUGCCAGGGCGAAGAGGAGGCGGAUAUGUUAUGUAUGUCAUGAGUGUGGGCACGAGUCUUCUUCUUGUCCCAUGAAACAAGCCGCCGAACAAGGAAAUCAAGUUGGAGUGACCAAAUCAAUAUUCAGUGAAAUUAACAGUCAAGAUGCAGUGACCAAAUCGAGAUCUACUCAAAUGAGCACUCAAUCAAAGAGUUUUACCGACUCAAAUUUCUCAGCUUGAUGAACUGCCAAGCGCUCGUGUGCAGAUUGGCCAACUCAGUACAAAGCUAUGGCACCAAAGAUGUUAUGAGUGUGAAGAACGUGGGCAUCUCUCCUCAUUCUGUGUCAAGAAACAAGCUGCUACAGUGCAAGGAAAUCAAGUUGUAAGCUGAUCUUGAAGAAGAUCUUGUAAAAUUUGGUUUUCUAUUUAUGUACGUUUUGGUCCAUAAGUUGAUACUUUCAAACUUGAAUUAAAGUAGUACUACCACUUGCCAUUAUUAAAAACAUACGUAGUACUAUCGUAUUUUUCUUUUGGUGUGUCCGUU